AUGAAAGCGUACAUGAAGAAACACGAUAUUUUUGGUCAAAGGAUAUUCAAGACAAAGAUGCGUGAAGUUGUAUUUCUACAUAAAACAUUAAUACUUGCACCACCAGAGAAGGUGAGAACCAAAGGAGCUAGUAAAAGGAAAAAAGAAUUUGAUACUUCUCUUGAUCCUUCAUAUUGGGAGUAUGUUGAUGCCUUUCAAGAAUCUGCAAAGCAACCAUCUCAACGUUCUGCAAGGCAAUCAUCUCAACUUUCUGCAAAUCAAUCAUCACAGUAUUCUGCAAGGCAACCAUUUCACAUACAUUUUCCUAUUUUUAUACAUCCGUAUAUUGAGAAGAUAAUAGAUGUUGUGUCUGAUGGAAAUUGUGGGUUUUGCGCAACUAUAGCAUUGUUAGGUUGGACAGAAGAAUCUUGGUCUUUAGUUCGAUCACAAUUAGAUAAAGAGAUUCAUCUACAUCAAGAUCUUUAUUCCAAUGUUUUUUAUGACAGUGUUGAAUCAGUGCGAAACUCAUUGAAAAUAUCAGGACUGGGUGCUCAAGGAAAAGAUAUGUGGAUGUCUAUACCAGACUUGGGUUACGUGAUAGCAACACUAUAUAAUGUCAUAUUGGUGUCGUUGCAUCGUAAUCUGAAUAUGACAUUCUUUCUGCUAAACAAAGCACCAUCGAAAGAGUCUUAUCUUUACUCUUUACUAGCAAUUGGAUUUGUCAAUGAAAAUCAUUGGCUACAGAUUAAAUUGAAGUCUCAUUGUCCUUUGCCACCUACUUCACAAAAUUGA